AUGUUAUUUUUUACAACAUUAUAUGCAUUUUUAUCAGUGCUAAUAUUUGAUCAAGUUAUAGCCACUAUAACAACUUCAAAUAUUGGUACAUUGAAUUUUCAACCAGGGAUGGCCGUUAGACUUUAUAAAACUUCUUUAACAGGUGAUGAAACUUAUACUGAACGUCAAGCUUAUUUAGAAAAAUUGCAAUAUUUAACAGAUGGAGAAUUAUUAGCUCAAAAAGCUGGUUCAAAUAUAUUCACUAGUAAUCGUAUAAAAUAUUUAAUGAAUGAAGUAUUUGGAUUUUAUAUUUCACCAGACGAUCAUGAUAUGGUUGUAGAAUUUAGAGGGUUUUUCAAACCACCAAAAACUGGUAGUUUAAGGUUAAACUCUGCACUUAGUCCGACUAGGGAUUGUGAUAAAGAAUACGCAUUUCAAAUGGAAACAGAUUAUUGGGUUUGGAGACAGAAUAUUUUCUUGAAUCAAACUGAUCAAGGUGUAUUAUGUACAUGGAAUAAUUCUGUUAAUUGGGCUUAUUUGGAAGCAACAAAAGUUAAUGAACUUCAAGUUAGAAGUUCAGGUUUUUCAAGUGGUAAAUUCCUAAGUUCAGGUUAUUAUUAUGAAGGAAGUUACUAUCAAAUAAGAAUGGGUGUCUUAGUAAAUGGUGAUGCUUUCAAUAAUGUAUUUACUUUUACAAUCGGUGAUACAACAUAUCAAUUUAGUGAUAAAUAUUUUUAUUAUGAACCAAAUGAAGAUUUUAUCACAAAUGAUGGGAAUCGUAAUAAUGUUUUCCCAUCAAAUUGUCCAGUCUUUGAUGAUGAGACGUUGGUUGAUAGUGAGAUUGUUCCACCAACAACAGUAUAUCCAAACCAAUGUCCUGUAACGUCUUCCUCAACGAGUGAAAUCGAAAGUUCCUCUACUGAUGAAAUGUCUUCUACCAUUGAAACAUCGUUUGAACCCUCAUCGGUAGUUACCUCUUCAGUAAGUGAAGUAGUAUCAACAAGUGACGUAUACACUAGUGAUCCAGUGACAAGUGAUUUCUCGACAAGCGAAAUAUAUAGUAGCGAUUCUUUGUCCAGUGACACUUCAACUACUGACACCGAAUCCAGUGCCCCAUCUGUCACAUCUUCUAUUACCCACUCUAGUAGUUCCUACGAGUCCUCCACUAGUGAAGCAGACUCCUCAAUCGAAGCUUCUUCCACAAAUUAUAUCACAACAGAUUUAGAAACCAGUACUAUCAUAUCCUCAAUGGAUAUUACAUCCACCACUAUGUCUACAACUGACUCUCUUGCAAGUGGAACCUCAAGUUUAGCGACUGAUCCAUUAUCCAGUAUAACAUCUGAAACUUCUUUUUCUUCAUUAACAGUCACCACUAGUGAAGCAUCCAUGCAUAGUAACGAGGAAUCAUAUUCAAGCGAGCUCACAAUACAAUCGUCAACUACAGCAGACCCAGCUGUUUCAGUUUCCUCCAUGAAUCCUGGUGACUGUAUAUCUACAACAGCAUCAUCAAUUUCGACCUCAAGUUCUGGGAUAACGGAGGACAAAGCCUUUGACCAGACAAGUUUUAUUACAACAAUGACUAAAUCGGUUACUACUACAACUUUUAAUGCAAUGGAUAAAUCCAGCAAAGAUCCUAUUGACGUAUCACGUUCAUCAUCUCCAUUAGUAUUAGAAACUACUGUGCAGAUGGAUGGCACUACCAUCACACGUACAGCUACUGUUUCCAAUACUGUGGACAAGUCGAACGACAAGGAUACAUGGCUCCAUGAUUCUACAACAACACUAUACUCUGAUAAUGAUGAUAGUCAGACUGCUACAUUAGCUGGACCAUGUGAGACAGGUUGUGAAACAUGCAUCUCUAGUGUUAUUACACCUCCUCCUUCAACCUCUAUCUCAUUAGAUAAUUUUGAAGGACAAGCAGCUAGAGUGUCGUUAGAACCUAUAAUAAUUGGUUUAUUGUUGAUCAUUGGCAUAAUGUAA